CUGCUGUUUUUAUUAGAUACGCAUGUAUUUCUUUGCCGCAUCACAGGGAGAAAUACUCGACUAAUCAAAGAAAUGUGUGCGGUGUAGGGUAAAAAGUGGAGCAUGCAUAACAUGGACGCAAUUUCGGGGAAGCACAAAGGAGGAAAAACAUUUACUACGCCAAAAGCCGGGCAUUCCAGACAUUUAGCGCGGUCGUCGCACGUUUGGGCCGUAUGCGGCAUGCGUGAGUGGUCAGGCGCGGGCCAGGCACAUGCCCUCGGUGGGAGAUCGUCAUUACGCCGAAGGUCCGGUGGAGUUCAGACGCUACCUUUGGCCACGGUGUAGCAGGUACUUGCUGCGAGCGAGCUGAAAGCCACCGCGGAAGUUGUUUUGGGAAGAAAGUGUGCAAAGAGGAUUUGGACGUCGCUCCGACACAAACGCGUUGUAGCUUUACGUCGCAGCACGUACCGACAGGACCGAGGAAAAAACGAUGCUGUUCUUGGCUGUGGUGCUGCUCGUGCUCGUUCGGGAGGGUUCGGAAGUGUUCGGCAGGAGCGUCGGCGGCCACCUGUCGGACGAGUUCGCCAUCGACGUGACGAAGCUUGCCGACUCGGAGGCGCUCAUGACUCAGACAUUAGGCCGGACGCAGAGAAGGAAGUCUAGGAAAAAGCGCCCGAACUUCGAAAGAAAGAUGAAGGACCUGGCUGAAGCCGUGCACGCCUGCGGGUCCAUGGGGUUCACAGACAUGAAGCUACACAAGCUGAGGAACACCUCUGUCACCUGUAAUGACGGCUCACCUGCUGGAUAUUACCUGCGACGAUCGCACGGAAGCAAACGCUGGCUGCUGUUCUUGGAAGGUGGGUGGUACUGCUUUGACCAGGCGAGCUGCAGAAACAGGUGGGCUAACAUGCCCCGCAACCUGAUGAGCUCCAAGGGCUGGCCGGACAGGAAAAAGGGCAGCGGUAUCCUGUCGCCCGACCCGGAGGAGAACCCGUACUGGUGGAACGCCAACACCGUAUACGUUCCCUACUGCUCCAGCGACGUGUGGAGUGGGAUGUCGCCCCGACACGACAAAGAUGACUUCGCCUUCAUGGGCGCACUGAUCCUACAGGAGGUGCUGCGCGACUUGCUGCCGCUAGGGCUCAAGAACAGCAAGACUCUACUUCUGUCGGGCAGCAGCGCCGGCGGGACCGGCGUGAUCCUGAACUUGGACCGCUCGGCGGAGUUCCUGAGGAGGGAGGGCUCCAGCGUGCAGGUGCAGGGCGUGGCGGACUCCGGAUGGUUCCUGGACAACAAGCAGUACAUGCCGACCGAGUGCACCGAGACGCUCUCCUGCGCGCCCACGGAGGCCAUCCGCAGGGGAAUACAAUGGUGGAACGGUCAGGUGCCGGAGCGCUGUGCACGGCAGUACAGCAAAGAUGAACAGUGGCGCUGUUUCUUCGGUUACAGGGCCUACCCAACUCUACAAGCUCCUCUGUUCGUGAUCCAGUGGUUGUUUGACGAGGCCCAGAUGAUGGUGAACAACGUGGGCACGCCGGUGGACAAGGAGCAGUGGAACUACAUCCACAACCUGGGCGUGGAUCUCAGGAAGACUCUCACUAACGUCACUGGUGUCUUUGCUCCAGCAUGCCUGGCCCAUACCCUCAUCACGAAAAGUGACUGGAUGACAGUUCAGAUGAAGGGUGUUUCCUUACCUAACGCCCUCCACUGCUGGGAGCAGUCCACCAACAAGGUAGAUCGGCCUCUGCGGCACAACCGGCACCGCAAACAUCGCGAGGAGGCCGGCCCCAUGGCCGACGACCCGAGCAGCUACGCCAACGAGCGCAAGGACCGCAGGAGAGAAGGCAAGGAGGGCGCCAAGGACGUGGGGAGCGGCGAUCCCGUCGAGAGAGCGGGCAGGCGCGAGGGGAGGAGAGGGCGCCGCAGGAAUAGAAGGAACAGGAGAAACCGGAAACAGAGGAGUCUGCUGUGGGGAAAGGUGGAGCCGCAGGAACCCACGUGCGUGUCCCAGCUCGUCGACAGUUGUCCCUGGCCCCACUGUAACCCCACGUGUCCCAAACUCAGAAACCCCUUCACUGGGGAGGAGAUGGACUUCAUUCCGCUGAUGAUGGAACUCGUAGGCAUCGAUAUGAACGCCAUCGCCGAACAGAUGGGCAUGGACCCCGACGACUUAGUACGCAUGCUCACCAGUUAGACUUCAGUAGCCAAUACUUAACCCAUCCUCUCAUGCCGCUUGUCUAUGUAAAACAACGACCCUGACGUACAGGUCAUCAAUCCGUCCUUCUCGCUGUGUUAGCAUUGGUCUGCCGUCACUAGCCACUCACGUCGCUCCCUAUGGCCAAAAGACAACAUGAUUGGCUGAUAACUCCCCCCUCCCCCCAACGACAUAGGGGGGUCUGAUUGGCUGAGGACUGAUCGUCACCAGCCAAUCACUCCGCUGCCUACGAUCAAAGGGCAACAUGAUUGGCUGGCAACUCACCUUCUAAAAACAGAGG